UUACUCCCCAAGUGAGAGACAUUCAAAGAUGGAAGUGACAAUGUGGAUGGCUUUAGCUACCACCAUUUUCACAACCAUGGUAGCCGUGCCUUCAUCGGCAGCGAAUACCGUGACCUUCGUCUUCGGUGACUCCUUGACAGAUGUAGGGAACAACAACUAUCUGCAGUAUUCUCUUGCAAAGUCAAAUUAUCCCUGGUAUGGUGUCGAUUAUGUUGGUGGUCGACCUACUGGGAGGUUCAGUAAUGGAAGAACCAUCGGCGACUUAAUAUCCGAAAAGCUUGGGAUUCCAUCGCCACCACCUUAUCUAUCCUUGUCACGGAACAAUGAUGCACUGCUUAAAGGGGUCAAUUAUGCAUCUGGUGGAGCAGGAAUACUCAAUAGCACUGGACUCUAUUUUAUUCAGAGGCUGUCUUUUGAUGAUCAAAUACAAAAUUUCAAAAAGACAACGGAAGUCAUCAAGGCUAAGAUUGGGGCACAGGCUGCAGCCAAGCUCUUCAAGGAAGCCAUCUUCUUCCUUGGACUUGGGAGCAAUGAUUAUAUCAACAAUUACUUGCAACCCUUUUUACCUACUGGUCGGCAGUACACUCCCGAACAAUUUGUGGAAUUAUUGAUGCGUACCUUAGAGGGACAACUUAAGACGCUCUACCACCUGGGUGCCCGAAAUAUGACGUUCCAUGGUCUCGGACCACUUGGCUGCAUUCCUUCUCAAAGAGUCAGAUCAAACACAGGGCAGUGCUUAAACCAAGUAAACAAUAUGAUGCUACAAUUCAACACCAAUGUAGAAAAGCUCCUUGCCUCCCUUGACAGGCAACUCCCAGGGGCAAAAAUCUCAUUUGCAGACACAUACGGAGACGUCCUUGACUUAAUCCAAAACCCUACAGCUUACGGGUUUAAGGUUUCGAACCUUCCGUGUUGCAAUGUGGCCACAAACAUUGGAGGGCUAUGCUUGCCUAAUUCACAGCUAUGCAGCAACCGGAGAGAGUACGUGUUCUGGGAUGCAUUCCACCCUACCGACGCAGCAAACGCGGCUCUCGCAGAUAAACUCUUCAAGAAACUAUUCAAGCCUCCUUCCGGUGCACCAGCACCUUCACCCUAGAUGGCAUCUCUCCGAUGUAAUUCUGCAGAGUUAUGUCAGCCGGGCUUUGUCUGCAGACAACGACUUACUUAUUUUUCAUCGCACCUUCCUACAAAGAAUUUGCACUUCAAUAUUAAUUUCUUCCAUAAACCAAGCACCUAAUUUGGAUUGUAAUCGGCGUUUUAGUCUUUGCUUAAGAUCAAAUUACCCGAGUGGAAUGUAUUAUGAAGAAACGAAUAUAUAUAUCUAUUCCCGCCAUCCAAUUGAUCAUGAAACGGAUGGUCAUUCACCUUUAAA